AGUUGAAACGUCUCUACUUAUUUUCAGGUAACAAAAAUGUCCUUUGAUGUCGAUACAUGGAUCGAACUGGUCAAAGACUGCAAAUACAUUCCAGAAAACGACUUCAAGCAACUCUGUGAGAAAGUGAGCGAGAUAUUUCUGGAAGAAUCGAACGUGCAAUUUGUAUCUACACCUGUCACAGUUUGUGGAGACAUUCACGGUCAGUUUUAUGACCUCGAGGAGCUUUUCAGAACGGGAGGUCAAGUUGCAGAUACGAAGUAUGUAUUUCUGGGCGAUUUUGUUGACCGAGGUUAUUACAGUUUGGAGACGUUGACAAGGUUGCUUCUGUUGAAGUUGAAGUAUUCUGACAGAAUUGUGUUGUUGCGAGGCAACCACGAGACGAGGCAAAUCACACAAGUAUAUGGUUUCUACGAUGAGUGUAUAUCUAAAUACGGAAAUGCAAAUGCGUGGAGAUAUUGCUGCAAGGUGUUCGACUUGAUGACAGUUGCUGCUUUGAUAGACGGGCAGAUCCUCUGUGUACACGGAGGUCUUUCUCCAGAGAUCAACACCCUGGACCAGAUUCGAACCAUAGACCGCAACCAGGAGAUACCUCACAAGGGCGCCUUCUGCGACCUCGUCUGGAGUGAUCCGGAGGACUUGGAUAGUGGUUAUGGAACUAAGGCCUGGAACAUCAGCCCGAGAGGGGCCGGAUGGCUGUUCGGAAAACAAGUGGUCGAUGAGUUCAUUCAUAUAAACGACCUCAAACUCAUCUGUCGCGCCCAUCAGCUGGUCCAAGAAGGCUACAAGUACAUGUUCGAUGACACCCUAAUCACAGUGUGGAGUGCCCCCAACUACUGCUACAGGUGUGGGAACAUAGCAGCCAUCCUGGAGAUCAAUUCCGUCUCCAGCAAAAACACAAAACUGUUCAACGCCGUGCCAGACAACGAGCGCAAAACUCCUCCCAGAAACAUGUCGCCCUAUUUUCUAUAAGUUCAAUUUAAUAUGAUGGAUGUAGAUGUAGUUGAUGCUGAAUUUAAGCUGCUAAUCUUAGAGUAAAUGAAAAUUCAACUAAAAGGUUAAAUAUGAUGCUGAAAGCAAACUACGAAUGUUCUAUGCGUGGCGAAUUAUGCCGCUCUGAAAAUUUUUUCAAGAAGUAAGGCAAGCUAAUGAUUAUUAAUCCUCUAUAAGACUCAAUUUUUAAUUUUAAACUGUUUUAUAUUAGCUACUUGGGGACGAAAAGCGAAAAACAAAAUGUUCAGAAAUUACAGUUAGUCAAAAUAUUUUGUGAUUCGUAAAUUUAUUGCUUAAAUAAAAUGGCCUUUUUGUUAGCAAUCGACGGUUUUCAUCUGAUGUGAAGUUUUUAAGUGAAUU